GGAAUUUAUAUUUACCCUACUCAGUUCCUUCUUAUAUAUUUUUAGGGGAAAAGAUACAGCAAGAGAAAUUGACUCGGUUAUUAGAACUGUUCUCCGUGCGGUCGAAAGCUUUCGUUGUAGCGGGCGGGCUGUUAAACCACAUCCCGUGGUGCAGAUUCUUCAUCCCAAGGAUAAGUGGAUACCAACUUAUAGCUGAUCUGAAUCGACAGAUAUCGGAAAUUAUUGAGGAAGCGAUAGAGAAACAUAAGAACAAAGAAAUACAAGUAGACGAUUUUAUUUACAUGUAUUUAAAAGAAAUGCAAGAUAAUAAGGACACUUUUACAUAUGAUCAAUUGACAAUUAUAUGCCUGGAUAUGAUUAUAGCCGGAGCACAAACGACGGGUAAUUCACUUGAAUUUGCAAUUUUAGCCGCUCUUAGAAAUAGAAACAUACAAGAACGAAUGAUCGAAGAAAUUGACAAAAAUAUAGGUGAUGAACCACCCAGUUACACGGAUUCUGCUAAGUUGGUAUACACUUCUGCGUUUCUACAAGAAGUGCACAGAAUGUACACAAUCGCGCCCGUCGCUGGACCUCGUCGGGCCCUUGAAGACACAAUAGUUGACGGCUAUUUAAUACCCAAAGACGCAACUGUGCUAAUAUCUGUCGGUGAUAUACACAGAGAUCCAGAAUUGUGGCAAGAUCCGAACGAAUUUAAUCCAGAAAGAUUUAUCGACGAGCGAGGAAUAUUGAAAAAUUCAGAACACAUGUACCCCUUCGGAUUAGGUCGCAGACGCUGUCCGGGCGAUGCACUGGCGAAGUCGGCAAUAUUCAUAUUAUUUGUAGGGAUUCUUCAAAAUAGAAUUAGUCCUUGUAAUGGCGUUCUACCAUCUGAUGAAGCCCAGAUCGGCAUCAUAGCUGGUGCGAAACCGUAUAAAGCGAUAUUCACGCCUAGAAAAUAAAAUAUGGUGUUAUGUCUUCAUACUUGUAAUAGUCUUCAAGUACAGUGAGAAAUGCAUUAAAAUAGUACCCAUUUUUUACCUA